ACGUGAAUAAGAAAGUAAUUUUCAAACUGCGAAAUAAGAAUUCAAGUGUUUUGUGAAAAGUAAAUAGUUGUUCAUAUAUUUAUUAAAGUGAAAAUGUCAGCGAUUGGAAUUGACCUGGGUACCACGUACUCUUGCGUGGGAGUGUUCCAGCAUGGCAAGGUGGAAAUCAUUGCCAACGACCAGGGCAAUAGAACGACACCAAGUUACGUGGCUUUUUCGGAUUCGGAACGGCUGAUUGGCGAUGCUGCAAAGAAUCAAGUGGCAAUGAAUCCACAGAACACGGUAUUCGACGCCAAACGAUUGAUUGGUCGCAAGUUUGACGAUCCGAAAAUUCAAGCUGAUAUCAAGCAUUGGUCAUUCAGAGUGAUCAAUGAUUGCAGCAAACCGAAAAUCGAAGUUGAAUUCAAAGGUGAGCGGAAACGGUUUGCUCCAGAAGAAAUCAGCUCGAUGGUGCUGACUAAGAUGAAGGAAACCGCCGAAGCCUAUUUGGGAAAAAGUGUUCGUAACGCAGUCAUCACAGUUCCGGCUUAUUUCAACGACUCACAGCGGCAGGCUACGAAAGAUGCUGGCGCGAUUGCCGGUCUGAAUGUAAUGCGAAUCAUUAACGAACCAACUGCCGCCGCAUUAGCAUACGGACUGGAUAAAAAUCUAAAGGAAGAGCGAAAUGUGCUAAUUUUCGACCUUGGCGGUGGUACCUUCGACGUUUCGAUUUUGACUAUAGAUGAAGGUUCACUGUUCGAAGUACGAUCCACUGCCGGAGAUACCCACCUAGGAGGAGAAGACUUCGAUAAUCGAAUGGUAUCACACUUUAUGGAAGAAUUCAAACGCAAAUACAAAAAGGAUGUUUCGUCAAAUCCACGGGCACUACGGCGGCUACGGACUGCAUGCGAGCGAGCCAAACGCACGUUGUCAUCGAGCACAGAGGCGACUAUUGAAAUUGACGCCCUUGUCGACGGAAUCGAUUACUAUACCAAGAUUUCUCGUGCCCGAUUCGAGGAACUCUGUUCUGAUUUAUUCCGAUCGACAUUGCAGCCGGUAGAGAGAGCACUUUCAGAUGCCAAGAUGGACAAAAGUUCAAUCCACGACAUUGUUCUGGUGGGUGGAUCUACACGUAUUCCGAAAGUACAGUUUCUGCUUCAAAACUUUUUCUGCGGCAAAACGUUGAAUCUGUCGAUAAAUCCAGAUGAAGCCGUAGCUUAUGGCGCGGCCAUUCAAGCUGCUAUUCUUAACGGAGACAAGGACGAGAAAAUUCAGGAUGUUCUGCUGGUUGAUGUAGCUCCGUUGUCGCUUGGCAUUGAAACGGCAGGAGGCGUGAUGACUAAACUAAUCGAACGCAACAGUCGAAUUCCCUGCAAGCAAACUCAAACGUUUUCCACAUAUGCAGACAAUCAACCGGGAGUUUCGAUUCAGGUGUUUGAAGGUGAACGUGCCAUGACUAAAGACAACAAUCGCCUAGGACAGUUUGAUUUAUUUGGCAUUCCACCGGCCCCUCGAGGUGUUCCACAGAUUGAAGUUACAUUCGAUUUGGACGCUAACGGUAUUCUGAACGUGUCGGCUAAGGAGAAGAGCACUGGCAAGGAAAAGAACAUCACCAUUAAAAACGACAAGGGACGUCUUAGCCAGGCAGAAAUCGACAGGAUGUUGACCGAAGCGGAAAAGUACCGUGCAGAUGACGAGAAACAGCGCGAACGAAUUUCCGCGCGAAACCAGCUGGAGGGUUACUGCUUCCAGUUGAAGCAAACCCUGGAAUCGGCAGGCGAUAAACUGAGCGAAUCCGAACGGCAAACCAUUCGCGACAAAUGUGACGAGACGCUUCGAUGGCUGGAUGGUAACACGAUGGCUGAAAAGGACGAAUUCAAUCACAAAAUGCAAGAACUGAACCGAGUUUGCAGUCCGAUAAUGACCCGGUUACAUCAGGGAGCGACCGGCGGCGCAACCAGCUGCGGCCAGCAGGCUGGUGGAUUCGGUGGGGGACGAUCAGGUCCCACGGUUGAAGAAGUUGAUUAAAACUGAAAAUGUCUACGUUAAAAAUCAAUGUAUGAUAAAAUAGCUGAUAAGAUUGUGUUAAGA